GUGUAUGUCUAUGUGCAUAUGUUUUUGCAUUGUUUAUUUUUGGAUUUUCUUACACCAAGUUCAAAUGUAUUACAGAAAAUAAGAAAAAGAAAAAGAAGAAGCAUGCUAUUGAACCUGAAGAACAGCCAGUUGAACCAGUUAUCAAAGAGAAAGGUAAAAAAAAGAAGAAAUUAGAUGAUAAUCUCAACAUCGAAAAUUUCUCCUGUCAAGGAAGAGGUGUCAAUAGCGACUGAAGAAUCUGAAACUGAAAGGACACUCGUCAAAAAGAAGAAAAAGAAGAAGCACAAAAAGGAUGGACAUGAUGAGAGCCUGAAUGACAGUGAGAAUUUGACAGAUUCUCAGAAGUCUCCCAAGAAACGGACACACCCAUCGGAGGUAAAAUCUUCACCAAAGAAGAUUAAGAAAGAAAGGAAGGAGGCUGUUGUGGAUGAAGAUGAUGAGGAAAAAGAGCCAAUUAAUGCUAAUGAAGCUGAGCCACUCGACUUAUGGACGCCUGAGGAGAAGUUGAUGCUGAUUUCAAGAAUGCAAGAAAAGCUGCAGCCAAAUGACAAAAUCAGUUACAGAAGAAGACUUGCAGGCCCAAAAUGGAACUGGAAAGAUAUCGCCUUUGACAACAAGUCUGCUAAAGAGUGUGAAGAACAGUUCCAUGAGAUUAUUGAGAGCAUUAAUAAAAUAAAAACAUUAGAACAAAUAUUAACAGAAGCAGAACAACUUACCAGAUCAGGAGGGUUACGAAGAAGAAUCUGAAUGCAUUCCAGUAUUUCAUGAGGCAACACACCCAGACACUGAAGACAAACGGCAAGAAUGAAAACCUACGUGGUAGAGAAUUGUUCUCGGUCCUUAUUAACAACUGGUACAGUUUAGACGAAGCUGAAAAGAAAAGAUACAAAAUCUUGGCGAAAGAAGAAGGAAUCCCAAGGACGGCCUUCCAGUAUCAGCCCCUAGACUACCAUUUGAGAUAUAUUAUAGCAUUGAAAGUGAUAAGAUUGGAUCGAAGAACAAGCAGUUGAAAGCCGAGUUGAGGACCAAAUAUAAUGCAUUAAAGAAGAAAACGAAGUUAAAGUACAUAGAGGAGUCCUUUAAGGAAUUCCAUAAA